CAGCUGCAUUGCCCUCGGGGACCCCCACGCGGCCGGCUCGCUCGGGGACCGCAGCGCCUUGUUUUGGGGGGCUGUCGCCGGAGCCCGGGAGCGAGUGAGGAACAGCCCCGGCGGCGGCGGGGGCAGCAGCAGUAGCGGCGGCUGCAGCGGAGCUUCGGGUCCGGGCUGCGGACCGAGGCCAUGCCGUGUCGGAGGGAGGAGGACGACGACGACGACGAGGCGGCGGCGGCAGGAGAGGAGGGGGAGGAGGACGACGACGACGAGGGGGAGGGGGAGGAAGAAGAGAGCUUCCUCGUGCUACAGCAGUCUGUGACUGUAGGAGGCUCGGGGGACGUUGACCGGUUGGUGGCCCAGAUCGGAGAGGCUCUGCAGCUGGACGCGGCGGCGGCGGCGGCAGGAGAGGAGGGGGAGGAGGACGACGACGACGAGGGGGAGGGGGAGGAAGAAGAGAGCUUCCUCGUGCUACAGCAGUCUGUGACUGUAGGAGGCUCGGGGGACGUUGACCGGUUGGUGGCCCAGAUCGGAGAGGCUCUGCAGCUGGACGCGGCGGCGCAUGGGAGCCGGCCCGCCCCCCGGGGGCCCCUGGCGCGCAAGCAGCCACCUCCCCCGCCCCCGCCGCCUCCGCCGCUGCGGCCCCCGGUCCUGCAGCUGCUGCUGCCGCCGCCACCAGGGCCGGCUCCGGCGCCCCUGCAGCCCGCGGGGCCGCUGCAGUGCGCGGGGUCCUGGACGGGCGACUUGGGCGCCGCUUCGCAUCCAUCGCCGCAGCCACCGCGGGUGCCGUCGGGUCCCUGCGCCCCUGGGAGGACUCCGGGCCGGAGCAGCGCCCCUGCCCCGCACGCCUGUAAGCGGGGCUUCCCGCAGCCGCUACCGGGCCCGUGCCGGCGCGCCUGGCUUCGGGGCGCUGCCGCCUCUCGCCGCCUGCAGCAGCAGCAGCAGCACCAGCACCACCAGUACCGGUACCGAGGACAGCCAGGACUCCGGGCCGGAGAGGAUGACCCCCACCAGCUUCUGCAGCAGCUCGUGCUCUCGGGGAACCUCAUCAAAGAGGCCGUGCGACGACUUCGGAGAGCUGUGGCCGUGGUUGCUGGCGCUGUGGCCCCUACUACGCCUGGCGCCGGCCCCUCUUUCGUCUUUGCCCCCGGGGGUGGAACUGACUGGGACGGGAGAGACUCCAUCUCCCUGCAGCCCUCAACUACCAGCCUGCUCUAACCCGGAGGAAACCUGGGGUACAGUCCCGCCGACGGCAUCCUGGUCUCCAGCAGCUAGUGAGCCCAGCAGGCCUAGGGGCAAGAAGAGGGGCGUGCGUCUGAGACCCUGGGAGCCGC